GAAGAGGAAAACAAGUAUUUUAACAAUACAUUAAUUAACACCUCCACUGCCUUAGAAAGACAAACAGGUUCCCCAGGACACGUCUUUUACACUGUUACCGAACCGAUCAGCGAACACAGACAAACCUGCCAACACUUAAAUCUACUCGCUGGAUUUCAACUCCAUGGCAACAAGCAUGGACGGCCAAGAGGUGACUCCAGCAGGAAUUCUGAAGAGCCAAAAUGAUGUGACAGUGAAUAAUGAGUAGUACCUACUGUGGCAACUCUUCAGCUAAGAUGAGUGUCAGUGAAGUGUCAGCUUUCUCGUUGACUCUGGAGCAAAAAACUGGCUUCGCUUUUGUUGGGAUUUUGUGUAUCUUCUUGGGACUUCUUAUCAUCAGAUGCUUCAAAAUCCUGUUAGACCCAUAUAGUAGCAUGCCUUCCUCUACAUGGGAAGGUGAAGUUGAAGAGUUUGAUAAAGGGACAUUUGAAUAUGCACUUGCCUGA